GCCACAUCACCUGCACCAUCCGUUACAGGCUAUAGGCCCGUUUGUACAAGCGGGCCAGGCACUUUAAUCUCGUGUCGAGCUUUAUUUUUGGCGUGGGGUGAGCCCCAGAGAUAUGCGCCGUUUACGGUGGAUUUUUUGCAGGCAGGUGGCGGGCACUGACACACAAGAGUUGCCAGCUGCGAGUUGAUCCUUGGCACUCGCGUUUCGUUUUCUAGGGGGAAGUCUUUUUUUUUUUCGUUUCUUCCUCGUACAUUGUCGAUUUUGUCUCUGUUUUGCCUGUUUGCUGCUGUGUUUAUUCACUCGUCCUCGUUUCGUUGAGCGUCUUGCAUCUUGCAUCUCCUCAGCCCGAUUCGGUGCUAACAAUAGAAACGAGGCUGCUCUCAGAUCAAUCAGUGUGCGAGCGUGUCCAACAAUGACGGCGCAAUAGACCAACCAAGAAAUACAUACCCAAAGACGAUAUUCGUGCCGCUUUUCUCACAGAUGAGGUUCGAAUUUGCUGACUGAAUUUGAAAAUUAGCAAGUAGCAGCAACCUUGCCACGAUGCAGCUGGAAACGCUACCCUCACUCGUCUCCAACCCGUCGGGGACAGAGAAACAGCCGCCGGGUCAUCGCCGACUGGCGCAAGACUCGAAAGAGCCCUGGACGAGCAAAGCCAAGGGACUCAUGAACAUGCACUGGCAGUCUCGACUCGAAAAUGCAGUCAGUGGUGUCUAUGAAAACACCUUAAAGCCAAUCUUCCACAAGAAACGCAUCGAAGCGUCUGCUCAUGGAAGGCGAGUCCCUCUCAAUGUUGAGAACGUGGAGCCGCUCAUUGAUGUUCGCCGUGGACAUGCCUACAUUUCCAAUGACAUUCGCACCUCACGAUACACAAUAUUCGAUUUUAUACCAAAGCAGGUAUUGUUUCAAUUCUCCAGAGUUGGUAACUUUUACUUUCUCUGUGUCGGUAUUCCUCAAACAAUCCCUGGUUUAUCGACAACCGGUUCCUUCACCACCAUUCUCCCAUUGCUCUUCUUUGUGCUGUUAACUGUCAUCAAAGAGGGCUACGAUGAUUAUCGCAGACAUCGCCUGGAUAAGGUAGAAAACGCCAACUUUGCGACAGCCUUGGGCCGAAAGGACAACUAUACGGGCAAGCUAGACACAAGCAGGCCCCGGGACAAGUUCAACCCAUUCAAAUCAAAGCUCAAAGCGAAGCCGAGACCUGUGCCUUCCGAUGAAUAUGACGGCCUCAAAUGGGUCCCAAAGAGAUGGAGCGAGCUCAAGGUUGGCGACGUAAUUCAUUUGUCGCGCGACGAGCCCGUUCCUGCAGAUAUCAUUCUGCUUCACAGCAGUGGCGAAAACGGACUGGCAUGCAUUGAUACCAUGGCUCUAGACGGAGAAACAAACUUGAAAAAUAAGCAGGUCUCGAAGGCAUUGGAAUCUUGCUCGUCUAUUGAAGGACUCGCCAACUGCAAUGCGGAGUUCGUCGUUGAGAAUCCCAACCCCGAGCUAUUCAACUUCGAUGGGCAUAUUACGGUGGAUGGUCAGAGUGCGCCAUUGACUUUGAACGAAGUUAUCUACCGUGGUAGUGUCUUGCGCAACACGAGCCACGCGACUGGCAUUAUUUACAAUACUGGCGAGGAGUGCAAGGUUCGAAUGAAUGCCAACCAGCACCCUCGAGCGAAGAAACCAGCUCUCGAACGAGUCGUCAACCGAAUUGUCAUCACCCUGGCACUUUAUGUCGUCAUCCUUUCCGUUGGAGUUUCAAUGGGCUAUAUCCAAUGGCAAAAGUCCUAUGAGCAGUAUUCUUGGUAUCUGGACCAAGCGAGCGUGCCCUUUCACGAAAUUAUUAUUGCUUUCAUUAUUAUGUUCAACAAUGUGGUGCCAUUGGCGCUUUACAUCAGUCUUGAAAUUGUCAAGAUUGGACAGCUGCUCUUUCUCAACUCUGAUAUCGAAAUGUACGAUGAAGAAUCCGAUACUCCUGCUCGUUGCAACACAAAUACGAUUCUCGAAAACUUGGGCCAAGUGGGCUAUAUCUUUUCCGACAAGACGGGUACUCUCACAGACAACGUGAUGAAGUUUCGCAAGAUUAGCGUUGCUGGUACUGUCUGGUUACAUGAAAUGGACUUUGAACAACCAGACGAGACAGCCCUCUCUACGACGGAAGAAAUCGAGUCGGUGCCAGCGACAGAUAUGGAGGACUCAAGCCGCGAGCCUUCAAUUUACAAGCCAGAGCCAAUCAGGCUUACGACCCCUGUAACAUCGCCAAUGAAAUCUCCCAGAUCAACAAUCAUAACCGAAACUGCAUUGUCCCCGUCGCGACCCUCUAUGGGAGGGCGACGAUCAUCCUCCCAUUGGCGUUCGACUGGCCGACCCGAUCACGUUCAGCCCGAGGUGAAUACGGAAGACCUGCUAAACUUCAUUCGUCUGCGCCCCCAUUCUGCUUUUGCACGGAAGGCGAAGGAGUACAUUUUAGCCAUGGCACUAUGCCACACAUGUUUGCCCGAAACUAUCGACGGCAAAGUCGAGUAUCAGGCGUCUUCACCCGACGAACUCGCCCUCGUACGAGCCGCACGCGAGCUAGGAUAUAUUGUGGCUACACGCACAUCUCAGUCAAUUUCUGUGGACUUGAUGGAGGCCGAUGGCACGGUGCAGACGCAGAAAUUCGAUGUCCUUGAUGUCAUCGAAUUCACGAGCACGCGCAAGCGCAUGUCUAUUGUCGUUCGAUACCCAGAUGGCAAAAUCUCCGUCAUUUGCAAAGGAGCCGAUUCUGCGAUUUUACCUCGACUGAAACUGAACUCUCUGGCGAAGCAAAAGGCUCAUCAAGUGCGAAUGAGCGCGGAUGUUGAACAUGAGAAGCUUCGACGCAGCGAGCAGCUUGAACCUCGCAGCAGCCUUGGAGGGCGUAAUAGCUUGACCAUUCGUCAUACUCCUGGUGUUUCCAAACAGCCCAGUGGAAGUCGCGUCUCUAUGCUCAGCAGACGCAAAUCCUUUGAGGUUAACAAGUUGAUGCGCAGAUCCGAAGAUACGUUCGCUCCUAUGGCUGACCGCGGUGGUUCCUUUGAUAUUAGCAGGCAGCCAAUGCGCAAUACAGCUACCACAACCGUUGAACCUCUUCCAGAGAACCUUCAAUUCCUCGAAGAGCAGAGCGUUUUCGAUGACUCCGACAUCUUCACAAAAUGCUUCAAGCAUCUUGACGACUUUGCCAGCGAAGGGUUGCGCACUCUGCUGUUUGCCCAAAAGUUCAUGUCUGAACACGAAUACCGAGCGUGGAAGAAGGUGUUUGACGACGCAACAACCAGUAUCAAAAACCGAAAAGAGCUCAUCGAGGCAGCUGGCGAUAUGAUUGAACAGUCAUUCGAACUUGUCGGUGCCAGUGCCAUCGAAGACAAGCUGCAACGCGGUGUUCCCGAGACAAUCGACAAGCUGCGCCGUGCCAAUAUUAAGAUUUGGAUGUUGACUGGCGACAAGCGUGAAACCGCCAUCAACAUUGCCCAUUCUGCCCGACUCUGCAAGCCCGGCUCCGACUUGUACAUUCUCGACGUUGCAAAGGGUGACGUUCAGUUUCAGCUUUUAGCUCUUGCAGAGGAUCUCCAGGCUGGCUCCAUUCACAGCGUAGUUGUUAUUGACGGCCAUACCCUCAGUGUCGUUGAAAAGUCCCCAGAGCUGUCACAGCAGUUUUUCUCCACCAUGGUGCACGUUGACUCUGUCAUCUGCUGCCGUGCCUCGCCUGCCCAAAAGGCCCUUCUCGUCCGAACUGUUCGAUCUAGCCUAGGUGGCUUUCGCGAGCAACGCCGCCGUGGCCUAACUCUUGCCAUUGGUGAUGGUGCCAACGAUCUCGCCAUGAUUCAAGCCAGUCACGUUGGCAUUGGUAUCUCUGGAAAGGAAGGUCUACAGGCUGCCCGUGUGGCAGAUUACUCGAUUGCCCAAUUCCGUUUCCUGCAACGUCUUUUGCUUGUCCACGGCCGCUGGAACUAUGUACGCACAGCCAAAUUUAUCCUCACCACCUUUUGGAAAGAAAUGUUCUUUUAUCUCCCAACAGCCAUUUACCAGAAAUACAAUGGCUAUACUGGUACUUCCUUGUAUCAGGAUACCAGUUUGACCGUCUUCAACACGCUCUUUACCAGUCUGUGCACGAUUUGCAUGGGAAUCUGGGAGCAAGAUCUAUCAGCCGAUACACUCCUCGCAAUGCCCGAGCUGUAUACUUAUGGACAGCAGAAUAUCGGCCUCAACGCUUGGAAGUACUUUAGAUGGAUGCUUCUCGCAGCUAUUGAAGGCGUUGUUGCGUGGUACGGUGUUUGGGCUGGAUACAGCUGGCUUCAGCCAGCAGUCCGAGACCAGGGUCUAUACGCCCUCGGAACCUUGGCUUUCACUGUUGGUAUUCUCUGGAUUAACUGGAAACUAUUCAUCUUUGAAACCCAUUACAAGUCUUCCGUCGUCAUGUGGAGCUUCUUUAUUACGACCAUUGGUUGGUUCGCGUGGCUAUCGUUCUUGGACGGCGUGUUUGCUGCUACCUCUGGUCCGUACUCUAUUCGCGGAAGCUUUACAAAGGAGUUUGGCUUAGACGUUGUCUGGUGGGCCACUCUGUUUGGCGUGCUUGCUCUCCUUGGAUUGUUUGAGAUGAUAUUGAAAACUUUGAAACGCGCACUACAGCUUUCUGGGCUUUGGCAAUUCCCUCCCUGGAAUAGUGUCGGCCUAAGUGAGGAUCUCACUCAGUGGGAUCUUGAAUUGUGGCAGGAGCUGGAGCAAAAUCCUGCCGUCAGAGAGCAAUUGAAGAAGAUGGCACAAGAUGAAGAUGACAAUGAUGACGAUGCCGGCAUCGAUUUAGAGGAGGAAGAAGAUGUUGGCCGGCCCAAUGACAACGACAGUGCUACGCCUCCGUCCCAUUUUGCAUAUUUAAUUUCACGAUGUCGCCAAAUGAUACCCUUCAGACGAUAGAGUCUGAGUAGAUAGCUUUUAUCAAAGCACACCUUUUGUUUCCAUUUUGUAAUGCAUUUCUUUCAAAUCGCGAUCAUGUCUAAAGUGAGGUACACAUAUGU